UUUAGAUGUGAUUCUUCUACUAGCCACCAUUUUUCUGGAUGCCUUCUGUUUUUCCUGAAAGCAAGGAUGCUUAAUCUUAUACCCAUGAGCAUGCACUAUAUAUUGCUCAUUCUCGAAUGAUUGAUUGGUAUUUCUGCUCAUUGUAGCUUUACAAAAUUAUGAAAGAACACAAGAACUCUAAGGUUCUCAGCGAGGGAGUAUUGUGGAUGGUUUCAGCAGUUGAAGACUUUGGUGUCGCACAUGUGAAACUUAAGGAAUUGAUUGAUUUUUGUAAAGAAACUGGACUGCAGUCCAGUGCUGCUGCCACUAGGAACUCUACUAUUAAGCUUUUGGGUGCUAUACAUAAAUUUGGUGGUCCAGAUAUUAAAGGGUUUCUUACUAAUGUUAAACCUGCACUACUCAGUGCACUGGACGCAGAGUAUGAAAAGAAUCCAUUUGAGGUAUUCCUUAUGAUAGUCAAAGUUUGCAUACAUCAGUCUUUCUUGUUUAUUGGCAACUAAUGUCUUGUAUUAUUUUCC